AUGCCCUGCGCCAUGCCUCCCCAGAACGCAGAGGCUGACGCUAUGCAGGUCGGUUCUGUGGUGGGUGGGGUUAAAGGCAAAAACUCCACGGCAUCAGGUUUGGAUGAGGAGAAAGGAGGAGCAGGAGGCGAGACGGAUGGAUCGGGAAACAGAGGAGGAGGAGGUCGAGGAGGGGAGGAGGAGGCGAGCGAGGGAUCGAUCGAAGGCAUCACCUUGAAGAGAUGGGUGAUGCAUGGGGCCGUGAUGUUCGGCCGGGAGUUCUGCUACGCCAUGGAGACGGCGCUGGUGACGCCUGUACUACUGCAGAUAGGUCUUCCAGAGCAGUACUACAGUCUGACAUGGUUCCUCAGUCCAGUCCUCGGCCUCAUGUUCACUCCUCUGAUCGGCUCGGCCAGCGACCGCUGCACUCUGCGAUGGGGCAGGAGGAGGCCGUUCAUCCUGGCUCUCUGUAUAGGAACACUGAUAGGAGUGGCGCUGUUUCUGAAUGGAUCGCUGAUAGGUCUGUCCAUGGGCGACGAGAAGGGGAAACAACCAAUAGGAAUUGUUCUUACUGUGCUGGGGGUGGUGGUCUUGGACUUUUGUGCAGAUGCAACAGAAGGACCAAUCAGAGCGUACCUGCUAGACGUGGCAGACACAGAGGAGCAAGACAUGGCUCUCAACAUCCACGCCGCAUCAGCAGGUCUUGGGGGUGCGGUCGGCUACGCUCUCGGAGGUUUAGACUGGACACACACCUUCCUUGGAGCAAUCUUCAAGUCCCAGGAGCAGAUCCUGUUCGUCUUCGCGGCCAUACUCUUCUCUGUCUCUGUGGUUUUACAUCUCUUCAGCAUCGAGGAGCAGCAGUACUCGCCCCAACAUGACAGGCUGGUCCAGGAGAGUCCAGAUCGCACCAACCUGCAACCGUCAGCCAAUGGCAGGAGUGGACUCGCCCCCAAACUGGAAUUGAUUGGAGAGAAUGAAACGAUGGACAGCUACGACCUGUAUGACCCCUAUGGAGAUGACCAGUCAGAGUGUGGGGAUAUGGACAUGGACUUCCUAGAGGUGGAGCUUGUGAGAAGUAAAAGUGACAGUGUUCUUGCCAUGGCAGACGCCACUCUCGACCACCUGGACCAUGAUGCCUUUUUCCUGUGCCACCUAGAGCCGUCCAUCUUUGCUGACCGCCUCUCACCCUAUCACAGCUCGCCUCCUACAACUGGUUCCUUUCUUAACCCCAAUCGCAGCACUCCGCCUCCCCGAUUCGGCAACAUCAGACGCAGCAGCAGUGCAGGAAGUCAGGACCUGCUCCGCCACCAAGCCAACCACCACCAAACACAAGCUCCCAACCCCAAGAUUUGCCGCCUCUCGGCUUUCUUACAGGAAAUGGAAAAUGACGACGGUCAGGAGGCAUUACUGAACAACCAACUCAAUGAGCAGCGGACACUGACCGGGCGGCUGUUAGCUGGUGUUACUAAUGCUGACGGAGUUAACACUAACAGGCUGAGCUCUAAAGGACAGGCACAUCGUGUUGGAAUGGUCAAAGCUGCCAGUACUGGAGCCCCCAUGCGGCAGUCACGUCACCGUCACAUCUUUUAUCGCCAGCCGUCCUGCACUUUCUCCUACUACGGUCGAGUGGGGAGCCACCGCUACCGCUACCGCCGGGCCAAUGCCGCUUUACUCAUCAAGCCGUCUCGCAGCAUGAACGACCUGUAUGAGGUGGAGGCCAGGCACAGGAGGAGGAGCAGACAGAGAACCAGACACCGCAGCGGAAACACGAACUCUUCCAGCGGAGAUACAGAGAGCGAAGAGGGAGAGGUCGAGACCACAGUGCGGCUACUGUGGCUCUCCAUGCUGAAGAUGCCUCCGGAGCUGCUGCGACUGUGCGCCUGCCACCUGCUCACCUGGUUCUCCAUCAUUGCUGAGGCUGUCUUCUUCACGGACUUCAUGGGACAAGUCAUCUUCCAUGGAGAUCCCACUGCUCCUGCUAACUCUACAUUGUUGGCUGAUUAUCAUAGAGGAGUUCAGAUGGGGUGUUGGGGACUGGUCAUAUAUGCCAUGACCGCUGCUACAUGCUCAGCUAUCCUUCAGAAGUACCUCGACAACUUUGACCUGAGCAUUAAGGUCAUCUACAUCCUGGGAACGCUUGGAUUUUCCAUAGGAACUGCUGUCAUGGCAGUCUUCCCUAAUGUGUAUGUUGCCAUGGUGAUGAUCAGCACCAUGGGCAUCAUCUCCAUGAGUAUUUCCUACUGUCCUUAUGCUCUGCUGGGACAGUAUCACGAAAUGAAAGAGUACAUCGAGCACAGUCCUGGUAACUCCCGGAGAGGUUUUGGCAUCGACUGUGCCAUCUUAUCCUGCCAGGUUUACAUCAGUCAGAUAUUGGUGGCCUCAGCUCUGGGUGCUGUAGUGGAAGCUGUUGGCAGUGUCCGUGUCAUUCCCAUGGUGGCCUCUGGGGGCUCCCUCCUCGGAUUCCUCACCGCCUGCUUCCUGGUCAUUUACCCGCCCCACAACCGGGACGUGGACUCAGCCAAAGCUUCGGAGAAACGGGCCUUGACAACGCUGGAAAAUCCCAACAGCAAUGAAGUGGCUGUUACCGUAGCAAUAGAGAAACCCAGCUUCUUGAAACUCAACAAGAAGGGCAAGGCCACUACCACCACCACUUCCUGUCACAUGGAGAAUGAGUCUGCCCUGUGAUUGGCUGGCUACGUCGACGGUUGACUUUGCUGUGGAAACAACUAAAUUCCCUUUUUUAAAUUAUUGCUGAUGGAUGUGCCGCUGACCUCAUGGCCUGCUGGAGUUUACAAAAAGACAUAAGGAAGACAGAGGAGGUCGGCUGGAGUUAUUUCGGUCCACUCUUGGUGUCUGUUUUUGCUUUGACAGGCCUUUUCCGUUUGAUUUGCUGAAGAAAACAACUCAGUCUGAUGUGGGACCAGUGUUACACCAGACCAAGUUACCUUACAAAAAAAAGCAUUCUGGUCCCAGUUCUGUUUCAGUCUUCACUGAAAUUCCUUCCACUUAGGCCUCACGGACAUUUGAGUGAUCCAUGUCGGUCGUCUCUAAGAAAUUAAUUUGUCAUGGUUUUAACGAGAGAUUUCCUCUGUCUCUCAGGGCCUCUAGGAGGUGCUACUGAACAGCUGCCUGGACAGGAAACUUCAGGGGACUUGCACACAUACAUACAAACUCUCACACGGACACACACACGUCUUCAUCUGGGGACAAAUGAAUACCUAAAUAAUGAACACUGUUGAUGAACAUUAGUCAUCAAAGCUGCAAUCAUUCAAGAAUGCUGAAAUUGUUCUUCCUCGCUGUGAAAUCGGCUUGAUCGAAUCUUUGCUUCGUGAUAAGGAAGCUGGACGAGUGUCUGUGUGUGUGUCUGCUGACCUGGCUGGUCUCCAGCAGAGGCAUCGUGUUCACCAAAAUAAAUCCAACAACACCCUCAACUUUGCGGGACUCAACAACGCUCUGCGACAGUAGCUUUAAGACUGUAGAGACUUUUUGGAAGUAGCAUUUCUGAAACUGAGAGCUCGAAGCCUGGUUCCUGGGGGAAAUUAUUGAUCUUGAAUCCCCAAAUUGAUUGCGAGUGUUUUUUUCCCCUGCCCUCCUCCACAUGGCAGGAGUGCUUAAGUCUUUAAUUUAGCCUUCACUCCAGGGCAAAGUUGAAAACAUAUUUAAGAGCAUGAGCAUAAAGUUGCCCGUAUAGUGAGAAUCAUAUAUCCAGAGUUAAAUUCCAGGAAAGAAAGAGGAUAGAAGCAAUAUGCAGGGCAUUAAAAUCCCAAAAGUUAUUUUCAUGAUUUUUUGAGGGCCCAGAAUGAUACUACUUCUUUGUUUUGAAUAAUCAGACUAGCCUACAUGCUGCAUGUUAGAGGAGCAGAGAAGAGACAAACCAAACAGCAGAAGAGAAGAGAGGAGAGAUGUAGAAUUGUUCUCUUUCUCUCUACUUUCGUGUUUAUUUUUUAUUUGUUGUUUUUUAGGAAAUUCUGUUAGCACAAUGUUUGUCACUAACUGCACAUUAGCUGAGCCAGUGUUGAAAGAGUGUUAAAUAGCAUACAGUUAGAAAAGCGUUGUUUGAAAUCCCUCUUUAAAACUUUGUGGGUGUCGGAUUCAUUCGUCUUAGGACACCAGCAGGACGGAGCUUCCUGACACUACUCUGUUCCGGUGGAUCCAGUAACGCAAUUGUCAGACACAACACAAGAAUAUUAGAAUGGAUCCUGGAUAUAUUCGAAGAAAAAAUGUAUAGUAAACAUUAUGUUUUGAGGAAGUAUAUAUUAUUUAAGAGAGACAAAAAUGAAUCACUCUGUUGUUGACAGGUUAAGGCUUGUUACUUGAGCCUCGUUAGAGGAUGUGUGCUCCUGUUUUCGGUAGCUUCCACUGCACUGGGCCUAAUAUAAUCAGUAGAGAGAGGCGGAUAAAAGUAUUUUAGAUGCUCGUUACAUCUGUGUGUUAUAUGCUGAAUGGAUGUUUAGAAGAGGAGAGAGGGAUGGGGAGCGAGAUUAAGGGAGGACUGGAGAAAUGUUUUCAAUUGAAAAAAAAAUGCCUAUACAUUUUGAGAAAUGUGCUUUGUUGCUACGAGUUAUAUGAGAAGAUUGAUUGGAAACGGCUGGCCUGGGCUGUUCAACGGUGAUAAAAUCCACCUGCCUCUACAGCUCACUAAUGAACACAUUGUAUCUCGUUUGUUCUGCACAAAGAAAGAGGUGCUCGUUGGUGGAUUUUGUAUCCAGUCUUUACACUAAGCUAACCUAAACACCCUGUGGCUCUAGCUUCAUAUUUAGCAUACAGACCUGCGAGUGAUAUUGAUCUGAGUCCCCAUAUGUCCAACCUUUCCUUUUAAAUGUUAAAACUUGAAUAAAGUUUUCAUUGUUAGAAAUUUAGAAAUGCAUGUCUUAACUUAAUCCAAAAGAAGACAAUGGAGGCAGAGUUCAAUAUUUUCUAGUGUCCCUGCUGAUCCCAAAAUCGAAUUGAGUUAAAUUAAAUUGCCAGUCUUGAAAACUACAACUUCAGAUAGUCAACUAGACAAAAUCUAACUUUGCCUCCUGAAAAACUACAAAAAAUCACAAGACAUGCCCCUGAUGCUCCAUUUUGCAUCCCUAACGCCAAUUUAACAAAAUGGCCACAUCUAUUUUCGUGAGGUCAAGCGGCAGCAGCAUGAUGGCGGAUGAGGAAGUAAAACUGUUAAGUUUAACUUUACUUUGACCCUGUUAAAAUUCAUGCACAGCAAUGAGACUUAUCGCAGAAGUAUUUUAUUAAAAACACUGAGAGGAAACAUGCAAGUUGUAUAAAUUAAAACUCGUGCUAAUACUGACUGGUGUUGAUUGAAGUGAUGAAGUUAAAUAAUCUUUGGAACGCUUCAAUAGCUGACCAUGCAGGACUUAUAAAACAAGCUUGUAGUUAGACAAAAUGAAAGAUUUAAGAUUUUAUUGUGUCGUUUAUUUUAUUACAAUAAUGACCUCUGUUAAUUAGCGUGUGUGUGUGUGUGUGUGGGGGGGGGGGGUGCAAACCGUUCUGGCUGUUUUUUCCCCCUGCGUCUGUGAGGGUAAAAGGCUGUGGAUUUGGGUCAGUUUUCCUUUCAGCUCAAUCAGCUCAAACAUUCAAAUUGAAAGGAAUCAAAAUGUAAAAUUGCAGUGAGUUCAUUUACUAAUGAAAGAAUGUUUUAUUUUAGUGUAUAUUAAAGCAUUUAGCAGAGAAGCUUAUUUUAAAUAUUUUUGGUUUUAGGGAGGAGAGUUCACUGAUGACGUGGUGGUUGUUUUUUUUUUUUCACUUUUUAACAAAAUAGAUUCUUUCCAUCAUUUCAGGUACAUUCAGUCAGUCCCAGAGCAGAAUUGAGAGAGAGUAUUUACUUUCCGGGUUGACCCUGCUCAGUCUGUGGCGCUGGAACAAAAAAAAAGCAGGGAUUGGACGGUUACAAAAGAUGAGAAGGCACAGAUGCCAGAGUUUUCAUUGGCUUCUGUAACCACUAGGGCAGUAAAAUAGUCUGGAUUUUAAAAAAUGGGCACACAACUUCAGUUUAAGGACAAACAUGAAGCUUAAAAAAAAAACCUUUGGGGUAGGGAGGUUUGCAUGCGACAACAGCAAUAUGCAUGUGUGGAACACCAAAGUAUAACUGUAUAAAUCACACAAGCUUUUUUCUUUAUUGUCCUAAUAGGUCAGGGAUGUAUUUUCUAAUGCAUGGCUGGAUGUGUAUGUCUUUUUGUUUGAUCUUAAAUGUGUAAAAAAACAACAACAAGUACUCUUUAAGCUGAAGCCUUGUGCUAAGUCUGGGUCAGUACCCUCUUAACAAGCAUGUGACUUUUUAAACAUUUUUUGCACAUUUAUGAGUAAAGUUUCAGACAGCACACAUCUCAUUGCUUUUCAACACAACGUACACAUGGAUAGAAGGUGUUGAAAUGAUAAAAGACACGAUGUGUGUCGUCCUGAGUGACACUCAUUGUUAAAAGUGUAGGCGAGAAACUCCAGGCCGUGAAUACUUGAAGUGCAACAUGAGUGUUUCUGUUCCAAUGCAGUGGGAAGUCUUUUGUUUGUUUGUUUAUUUGUUGUUGGUUUUUUUUGGUUCUUAAUGUCCCAAGCAUUUUUCCCGCAGACUCUGGAAUGUUCAGACAGCAGCUCGGCCUGCUGGGAAAUUGAGUUCUUACCUUUGAUUCCAUCUUGUGACUUAAAUGGUUUUUCAAGAAGUCAAUGAAUGUGAAGUGAUUUCAGCUGAAAAAAUUUUGUUUUGAUGUUCGACAAGCCAGUGGGGGAGAUUUGGGAGGGUAUCUGACAUUGCACAGAACUUGCACAUAAUAUAAAAAUUUAAACCGUAGAAGUGUGUUGCAAAAGGAAGAAAAAGAAAUAACUGUGGAUAUUUAUAUUCAUUUUAGCUUUCACAUCUAUAAAAGACACUUUUCGCUUAGUUUCCAAAAGAAUAGAUUAAAGCUAUUGUUGUUACAGGAGAUGUUACAGAAGCAAACUGGAGUGUGUGUGCGUGCACGCGCGCGUGCUUGUGUGUGUGUGUGAGCAGUCGUCUCAGCUGCUCACGUAAAGCAAAAAGCAAGGCUGUGUUAAAAACGUCAUCUCAGUGUUUUUUGUUCUUGUUCUCUGUUCUUUGCAAUCACCUGGUUUACACUUAACUCUGGAAUCCAUGGCUGCAAUACCAGAGGUUAUUCACGAGUCUUUAUUGUUCUGGUGUUUUAACUCAACUACAAAAUGUCUAUUAUUUUUUUUUUUAUCUGUUUGAAGUUUUAGGCAGAGCCACACACAAGAGUUUGGCCUUUGCACUUUUUCAGUGGCAGCCAUGUUGGCUCCACGGUCCUGAUCAUUGAAUGUGUCGAUGUGGUGAUGCUGUUUCAUGUUUCCAGCCAGCAGCUGUCAGUGGCAGCAGCGUGGCGGCCAUGCAGUUAGUCCAACCUGGCCAGACUCUGUGUGUGUGUGUGUGUGUGUGUGUGUGUCUCUGCCUCUAGUAAACUGUGUUAAUGAUGGAGGAGAAAAAUGCCUAUAUACUUUGAUCUUCAUAGAGAUUAAAUCAAGAAGAAUACUUAAAGAAUGGGAAAGCAGUGUACCAUAUAUAAUAUGCCUUGUUAUUUGGAAAAAAAAAAAGAUGUAAAUAUACAUACUUCUCUUUUAGUUUCUUCUUUUUUGCUGCUAUAAAAAAGAUGAUUAUUUUUGUUAGUAGUUUUGUUUUCUAUAUAAAGACUGUAUAUAUCUCUAUGUUCUGUAAAUAAGCUUGAGCCUUCAUAUGUAGGACUCCGGAUGAACACUGUAUGGAACGCACCUUUAAAAUCUAUUCAGAAGUCAACCAACAAUGACUCCUUUCAUUAUUUGAAAUCUUUCAAAAUUCAACAUAUAAGAAGAAUGAAAGGAAACGAAGAAGGGUGCACACACAAAACAAACUCUAGACCAAAUUUAAACUUCUUUGUAUUUAUUGAAACAUUUUCUGCUGGUGGAAGGGUGAUCACAGUAUGGUAUAAAAACUGAAAUUGCUCCUCAUACAUUAUUGUGUAGAAAAAAAGUCAUGGAAACAGAAAUAUCAGUUCUUGUUUAGUGCAGAGGGGGGUUGGCUAUCAAAUACCAGAUCAGACAAUAUUCGGAUCCUCAAUAGAUCUUUAUUGCUUUGGUCAUCAGCAUUACACAGAUAUGAAAAAAGGUGGUCUCUUGUCAGUUAUUACAGUAGCUUGAGAUAAUACACAUAUUCAUUGUAGCAGCAGGAAACACAUGAUUUCACUUAAGGUGUUAUUUGACCUUCAGAAUAUGAUCACAGCAUCUUCUUGUCUUAGGACUUACUGUUCUCACAUCUUUCAUCCGCCAGAUGUGCCUACUCCUUAAACGUCCCACAUAUCUUGUUAUAUGAAGAUAAUAAAACAUAAUCAAACACAUGAUUAUAACAGGCAUUUCCCUCAUAUCACACCACACACAAGACUGACUCCUUAAAUGUGCAAUAAAUAUACUACAUUUAUACUCUGAAACUUCAGAAUAAUUGCAAUGCAAGAAAAUUACAUUUAAAUACAUAAUUUUGUCCCAAAAAAAUUUAAUUUAAAGUUGACCUCAGACUAUUGGAGAAAUGUGUACCUACCUUUUUUAGAUAGAUGAACGAUAAUGUUUCAGAAAGCUGUAGAAUAUCUUCCGAAUAUCUGUCUGCAGAAGGUAGAUGAUUUAAUUGUAAGCGCUCCAGCACUCAGAUUUAUGUCAAUUUAGGAUGCAGAUGUUCAGACAGAUAAAAACUUUGUUGAGCCUGAAGAACUUACCGUCAGUGAAUAUUCAAGACUGGUCAUUUUCCCCAAUGAAACAGUAGCUUAUAACAAGCAAUGUCUUCAAAAAUUAACAUCUUACAUAACAAACACAUGUCAAUUGUAUGUCAAUUUCACGCUGAGGAAUAAUUCAUUUAAAUGACCUACACUCCUAUGAAAUAUCAGAACAGAUAAAACAACACCUUCGCUCUAGCCAGAGCAAGGAGAAAAGUUACAAACUCUGGCCAGUUUCGAUUCUCACAAGGUCGUCAUUAAAAUGAAAUGAAAUAAACAAUCUGCUGUGAGGUGCUCAGAACUGUUGCUUAUCAUGCUUAUCAUUUUGUAUAAACUCUUUCAUUUCAUAAAGAGAGUUUCAGUGUUGCAUCAAGUGACCACUGGUAAAGUAACCUGCUGCUCUGCAGUUUCAGAACUACUUCAACUUUUUUCCAGAGCAAAAUAACUUAACUCAGCAUCUUCAAGGGAGCUAACUGGUUUCCCAUGAUACCGCACAGUCAGACCACUGAGAGAGGAGAGGAAGAUCAGAAAACUUUGUUCCUGCAAAAUCACACACAGAAACCAGAGAAGGAACCUGAAACUGGUGUGUGCGUGUGUGUGUGUGUGUGUGUGUGUGUAUGUGCGUGUGUGUCUCAUCCAUACUCCUCAUGUGACCGCUUGACCUGAUGUAAAAACUUGCAGGGCCAGAUUAGAAAUGCAAUGACCUGCUGAACUCAGUUUAAUGACUCAUUCAAAUAUCUGUGACACUGCACAGCUGUUCUCUAACAUGUAAUCAAUAAAAACUAAAACAUUUUGAGUGUGAACCACAUUACCACACUGCUGAAGUCCCUGUAGAGUAAUAAGUAGUUUUAUGGAGUAGUAGACAAUAUCCAUUUAGCCUAUAUGUUUUCUAUGCCAUAAACAUAAAAACAGAUGGUAAGCCUCUCAGAUGGUAACGGGCACUACUACACAACCACAGUUUGCCUCAGUAUCACAUUUUAUUAUAUUUUAUAUGUAGAUAUUGUAUCUUUUCCCCCAUAUUUUACUUUUGUCUUGUCUUAAUUUCUCUUUUUGUCAUCUCUCAUUUACUUGUGUGAUUUUCUUUUGUAUAUUUCUAUAUGAGCAUUGUUGGAGGAGCCUGAGAACAAGACCUUCAUUGCCAACGAUUGCAAAUGUUGUAGAUAAAAGACAAAUAAAGAACUUAACUA